AUGCCCUUACAUUCGAAUUCUAUCAGAGAGAUAGAAUUACUGGCAAAAUGUUUAGGUGCUGUUGUAAGCACCGAAGAGUACAGAAAUCCAACAGUUAUCAUUAUUGAAUACGAUAUAAUAUAUAGCGUUUCUAAAAACUUACAAAAUAUGGGAAUUCUUACGAAAGUUCUUUCAGACGAAUGCGUGCCGCAGAUUAUCAUACAAAAUUUUCAACAUCUAAAUGAAACAGCGAAGAAAUUUGGAGGAAGUAAUAUAUUAGUUGUUAUUUUCGUCAAUAAGUGUGAAAUUUCUGAACGGUUAGACGUUACAGUUUUUGACAUAAAAUUGAAAUACUUAAUAAUUAUCAAUGAAGAUGAAAAUUGUAAUAUGGAUUUAGAAAAAUUUGGACGGACACUUCAACAUUAUGACGCCACAUUCAUUUCCCAGUCCGAGAAUUAUACACUUUAUAAAUUUCAAACGAUUAUUCCAGAAAUCGAUGAAAGUACUUGUGAUUAUAAUGUCAAAGUUAAGCUUACUACAAUUAACAUUUGUGUCAAUGGAACAUUGGGUAAAUCUGUGAUAUUUCCUGCUAAAGAAAUAAACAAUCUGAAGGGAUGUCCGUUUCACGUGGGAAUGGCUACAUUGUAUCCAUAUUCAAUCAUAGAAAAUAAAGAAUCCCUACAAAAUCUGCAACAAAUAAAUGAAUCUCAAAUACGUGGAUCUGAUUAUGAAAUAAUGAAAAUUAUUGCAUACUACUUUAAUGCGUCAUUAAAUAUAUAUUAUAUUUAUAAAGAAGAUGGAGGUGCAUUUUUACAUCAUGAAUUUAUUUCAAACCUUUUGAACGGCAGCUUAGAUGCUUGUGCUGGAGGGCUUUACAGAGUAUAUGGAGACUCGGUUUCUUAUUCAGUAAUUUGGAUACUAUUCUGUAAUUUUGAUCGUCUCAAUGUAUCUUGGAGAGACACCUUUCUAUACAGCUGGGGUGUGUUAAUAGGUGCAGCUUCUUUACAAGAUUCUACAACGUUGAAGCAGAAAAUAUUAAAUCUUUUCUAUCUAAUUCUUUGUAUUCACUUGACCGCAUAUAUUAGCGUGCAAUUGUAUUCUUUCUAUACUAUCCAAGGACCUCCACAGACGUUCAAAACGAACGAUGAAGUUAUAGAAUCAGAUAAAACGCCUUAUUUAAUUUACGACACCAAAUUUUUUGUAGAAGACGCCAAGUACAUCGCUUUUGCAAAUACUUCACUAAAUUGUUCUGAAUUUCGAGACUGCGAGUACAAGACCAUUUCUAACAAAGGACUUACCAUCAUUCCUGAAGGAUAUUUUUAUCCUUUUCAAGCAUCCACUGCUGUUGAAAAUGAAGCUCGGUUGUUAAGGGUUCCGGAAAGUAUUAUAGUUACUUAUCAUGAGAUGGUUGUUCGAAAUGACAGUCCCUUUGUCAGUAAGUUUCGAUACAUUGUCACAAGCCUUUUUGAGGCGGGCAUUUGCGACAGGCUGUACCUAGAAGAAAUUGGUUUAUUGAUUCUUGCAAAAGCUAAAAAUGCUAACGAAAAUAUUAUGGCGAAUAGUUACCGUUGCGAAUCUGGAUGUGCCAUCACAAUAAAACAAAUUGCGGGUGCAAUAUAUGUUUGGAUUUUUGGCUGUGCUAUAUCCCUAAUCGUGUUUGUAAUAGAAUUAAUAAACUAA